CCACAACCAAGGUUGUCGGCGCUUAGCUGUAUGAAUUGUCAAAGCUUACAUGGAUGAUUGCGUCAAUUCGUAAUUGAAAACUGGUGCUUUAUAUAAGGGAGGCUAAUGAUUAUGACGAGAAAUAAGAAUCUUGUCUGCCAGACUCAGUCGUAGUGUGUGUGACAAGUGAUUCAGACUCGCUACAGUAGCGACACCUGUCGAUUCUGCUACUGACAGCACCUUCGACAACACAGUACCGCUUGAGAGUGGCCGCUGUGGUGAGGGAUAUGUUUAAGUAUGCAAGUCCCUCCCUACAGUAGCUAUCGAGGGCGCACGUUUGCCGAUUGGAGGUUUUCGGCUUGCUGGGAUCGAUCAUAGCCAUACAGAGGACUAUACGCUGUAAACGUAACUAAAGAAAGUAGUUGUUUUUCAAUUAUUCUUCGGAUUAAAGUUCCAGGCGUGAAUUUGGACAGUUAGGUAUACCUCUAGCAUUUUAUCAAAGAACAAGAUGGAGAAAGCGGAGCUGGAGAUCCAGGUGUACAUUGCCAUUGGCUACAUGUCCAUAUUCUCUGUGGUGGGAACGAUCGGUAACGCUCUCGUUUUGUACGUCUUCUCUCGGUACAAGAAUAAGCUUACCUCAACCAUUUUCAUCCUAACUCUGGCCGGUGUCGAUUUCGUCACGUGUUGUGUUACAAUUCCCUUUACUAUCGCUACAGAAGCAGUCAAAUUUCAGCUGAAGUAUGACAUUAUAUGUCAGAUUUAUUUAUUUCUUAUUACGACAACUGUUCCUUUUUCGGCAUUUGUCAUGGUAGCAAUAGCGGUGGAUAGAUAUUUAUGCAUUGUGUACCCUUUCAAACAUGCAAUGACAAUACGACGGGCAGAGAUCGUUGUUGGGAGCCUGUGUGCAUUUGCUGUAACUCUUGGAAUCAUAUGUUGCUCCCACUACAGAAUAACGCCAGUUCCGGUAACAGAAGGACCGGAAAUAGUCACAGCAGUGUACCAAAAUGUCACCAUAUUGCCAAACUCAUCAAUAUCAAACAUUACACGUUAUGACUAUAUGUGUUUGCCACAAGAAACGGAAUUCUUUUUCAUAUAUCAGAAAAUAUACUCGUCGUUUUUUGGAAUUUGCGCCCUAAUUGUCAUCAUUUUGUAUUGUUUAAUAUAUAGAUCCGUUUUAGCUCGUCGAAGAAAGAAGUUUGAAAUGUUCCUCUCUGACAACUGCUGUGGAAUAUGGAGCUCCCAGAGCUUUGCAGAACAGACUGAGAUCACAGUUCUAAACAAUACAGACGUGACAAAUGCGCAAGACGAUCACAAAGUAGAAGAAACAUGUGAUAAAGCUGUGCAAAAGAACGGAAAUACACAGAUCAGCGAUAGGGACGUCAUUUUAAAACCAGGGGGUGUGUCAAAAGCUAAACUUGAGAAAAUGCGCAUUGCAAACAUAAAAACAGCGUUUAUGCUGUCUAUCGUGGCUUUGGUGUUUAUUGUAGCUUUUCUUCCUUCAUGGUUAGUGGCCCUUAAGGUCCUUCCAUUAAAUAUCAUUGUCAUAUACAUGUAUUUCACUUACAAUGUGGUGAAUCCUGUCAUUUAUGCCUUCCUGAACGAGACGUUUAGAGAACAAUUAUCACAAAGAAUUUGUUGUAGUAAAUCGUAAAUAGAGGUAUUCUCAUUGUGUAUCCGAAAUAAUUUUUUCUUUGUUUCGACGAUUACGUGUUACUUGAAGCUGCAUGUAAGAUUUGCACUGUAAAUGCGAUGUUCAAGUAUUGCAUAAUUAGCGCAAAGUAUCUUUAGUUUGCUGAGAAAAACUAUGCAUCGGAUAUAACUUUUUAUUUUUGAACUGCGCAUAUUCAGUCAUCUAUUUAUUAUUUUGGUAUGAAUCAUGCGUUUAUUUAUUACACGAAGAAACAUACAUGUUUUUAUUAAGUUUUUUUUGUCAGUUUAUCCGAAACAAAAUAAAAGCAAAACCUCAAAAUAAGAUCUUUACCUUUUGCUUUGUGUCCAAGGUUUGCAACAUUGAGUUACCCAUAUGAAAGGAAGAACAU